CUCCUGUUGUCCAUCGAUCCCUCGGCUGACUGCUGAGUGCUGAGGUCGAUAAACCACGAAGUUUUGCUUGGGUGGGAGUAUUGAGUAGAGGAGGGAGGGAGACAGGAAAAGGAUAGGAAUGGAUAAAUGCAGAAGCAGAAGCAUAGAUAGCAAUAACAAAUAUCAACUGCACAAAUGGAAAUGGGAAGGAAGAAGACAAAAUGAAGUAGUAGACGACACGUGAUACGUUCUUCUCUCUUCUUCACCCAAGCGGGAGGCAAAGGUAAGAGGUAGCGUGUACUACUACUCUCCGGGCGUAGGAUAGCUACCACCCACAUUUAUCUAUAUAGAGAGAGAGAGCUCUCUUUCUUCUGAUCCUUCCUUCCUUCUACAAAGCGACCAAGCAAGACAAAGAGCUGCGAAAAACCAGAAGAAAGCUCCAUUAAAGAAGACUAAAACCUAAACAGAAGGUGCGCCAUGAGGUGGCUGGCGUUUCUUGUUUUUCUUUUUACUGUGCUCGCCGGUCUGUCGGCGUUGGUUCUCGGCUAUGACGUCUCGUACGAUCACCGGACGUUGCUCAUCGAUGGCAAGCGUCGAGUCUUGAUUUCCGGCUCCAUACAUUACCCGCGCAGCACUCCCGAGAUGUGGCCAGACCUUAUUCAGAAGUCCAAAGAGGGAGGUUUGGAUGUCAUUGAGACCUAUGUUUUCUGGAACUUACACGAACCCGUUCGGAACCAGUACGAUUUCGAAGGUAGAAAAGAUUUGGUCAAGUUUGUGAAGACAGUUGCAGAAGCUGGUCUCUAUGUUCAUCUAAGAAUUGGCCCUUACGUCUGUGCAGAAUGGAACUACGGAGGUUUCCCACUGUGGUUGCAUUUCAUCCCGGGAAUUGAGUUCAGGACUGACAACGAGCCAUUCAAGAUGGAAAUGCAGCGUUUCACAACUAAAAUUGUAGAUAUGAUGAAACAAGAACAACUCUAUGCUUCCCAAGGCGGACCCAUCAUAUUGUCACAGAUUGAAAAUGAGUACGGAAACAUUGAUUCUGCCUAUGGUUCAGCUGCUAAAUCUUAUAUCAACUGGGCAGCGGGGAUGGCUACAUCAUUAGAUACAGGAGUGCCCUGGGUAAUGUGCCAGCAAGCAGAUGCUCCUGAUCCAAUCAUAAAUACUUGCAAUGGAUUUUAUUGUGAUCAGUUCACUCCAAAUUCUGCAAAGAAACCUAAGAUGUGGACUGAAAACUGGAGUGGGUGGUUUCUUUCCUUUGGUGGUUCUGUGCCAUACAGACCAGUAGAGGACCUUGCAUUUGCUGUUGCACGAUUCUUCCAACGAGGUGGAACAUUUCAGAAUUACUAUAUGUACCAUGGUGGGACCAAUUUUGGUCGAACUACUGGUGGACCCUUCAUUGCAACUAGUUAUGAUUAUGAUGCUCCAAUUGAUGAAUAUGGAUUGGUUAGACAGCCAAAGUGGGGCCACCUAAAAGACUUGCACAAGGCCAUUAAACUUUGUGAAGAAGCACUAAUAGCCACUGAUCCAACAUUCACUUCUCUUGGUCCAAAUUUGGAGGCUCAUGUUUAUAAAACAUCAGGGGUAUGUGCUGCUUUUCUUGCCAACGUGGGUACCCAAUCUGCCGCAACUGUGAAUUUCAAUGGCAAUUCAUAUACUUUACCUGCAUGGUCUGUGAGCAUCCUUCCAGACUGCAAGAAUGUGGUGUUCAAUACUGCAAAGAUUAACUCCCAAGCCAUGAAUUUAAGAUUUGAACCUCAGACCUCAAAGGAUACUGUUGACUCUUCUGAAGCAUUCCAGUCCGGCUGGAGUUGGUUUAAUGAGCCUGUUGGUAUCUCAAGGAGCAAUGCAUUUAUGAAACUUGGGCUACUCGAGCAAAUAAAUACAACAGCUGAUGUUAGUGAUUACCUGUGGUAUUCAUUGAGUACUGAAAUUCAAGGAGAUGAACCGUUCCUUCAAGAUGGAUAUCAAAGUCGUAUUCAUGUGGAAUCACUUGGCCAUGCCGUCCAUGUUUUUAUAAAUGGGAAGUUUGCAGGAAGUGGAUCAGGGAAUAGUGGCAAUGCAAAGGUUACCUUGGAGAGACCUAUUACACUCAUUCCAGGAAAGAAUACCAUUGAUCUCCUUAGCUUGACAGUGGGUUUGCAGAACUAUGGUGCAUUCUUUGACAAAUGGGGUGCUGGAAUUACUGGUCCAGUAAAGCUAAAAGGUUCAAAAAAUGGCACUACGGUUGAUCUAUCAUCAAGCCAGUGGACAUAUCAGAUUGGACUGAAAGGUGAAGAAUUAGGUCUUUCUACUGCAAGUUCUUCACAAUGGGUUUCACUCUCUGACUUGCCUAAGAAUCAACCCUUGAUAUGGUAUAAGACAAGCUUUGAUGCUCCUAGUGGCAAUGACCCAACUGCACUCGACUUCACGGGAAUGGGGAAGGGUGAGGCCUGGGUGAAUGGCCAGAGCAUUGGGCGUUAUUGGCCAACUUAUAUCUCUCCCCAGAGUGGUUGCACAGAUUCUUGCGAUUACAGAGGACCCUACAAUUCAAACAAAUGCCACAAGAACUGCGGCAAGGCAUCACAGAAUCUGUAUCAUGUGCCUCGUUCAUGGAUCCAACCAAGUGGGAACACUCUAGUUUUGUUUGAGGAGGUGGGAGGUGAUCCUACGCAGAUAUCUUUUGCUACGAGACAGACAGGAAGCUUGUGUUCCCACGUGUCGGAGUCGCACCCACCUCCUGUGGAUACAUGGGAUUCAGAUACAAAGACGGGAAAGAAAUCAGGGCCGGUGCUUCAGCUUGAGUGUCCAUUUCCUAAUCAGGUCAUCUCUUCAAUCAAUUUUGCAAGCUUUGGAACUCCUCGUGGGGCUUGUGGGAGUUUCAAACAGGGGAAGUGUAGCAGCACCAGUGCUCUUGCCAUUGUGCAGCAGGCUUGCGUUGGAUCAAAAAGUUGCAGCAUUGCAGUUUCAAUUGAUAGCUUCGGUGAUCCGUGCGUAGGAGUAACAAAGAGUCUUGCAGUAGAAGCUACCUGUGCAUGAAGAGUUGUUGCUGCCAAUUGGGGGCUUAACGAUGCGAAGCUCAUACAAGAUUGUAACUAAUAAAUGUCAGGGAGAAAAGGGUGGGGGGGGGGUGUUCUAGUCCUAAAGAAAGAAAAAGAAAGUGGUCGAGACUCGGAACUGAGAGUUCUCACCUCUCUGUGCGUUCAGGAUUCAGGAAUGGUCAGGUAUUCGUCCAUAAAACGUCGAAGUUUUUUUCCGAAUGGUCGGUCAGGUACUCGUCCAAUCCGGGGAAAAGAUAAGGUAAAAUAGAAAACCAUUAAACAGCAAGUUUUUCCGAGAUGGUCAGAUAUUCGUCCAUAAAACGUCAAUUC